UCUCUGUUUCUUCUCCCCCUUUCUCUUCCUUUUUUUAUGCCUGACAAUCACCGCAUUUUCUUCUUAUUUUCACUGUAGAUUUAUUCCUUUUAUGAGGUAUUUGCUCUUGCCGACAUGAAACCCACAAAUUUUUCCAUAGAUUAGGUGUACACUCUUACCCUAAGAUUCAGGGAUUUUUUGCCCAAAAAAUGGUUCCUCGUCUGAUUCACUAAGCCCGUACGAACCCUUAUUUCUCAACCUUCAGAUCUUUGUCAACAAUUUCUGACUCUAAAUUUUACUCUCUCGGUUUCGAUUUGAUGGCUGCUUAGUAAGAGGGAAGUAGAAUCAGUAUUCAAAAUCGGAGGAAUAGAAAAGGGCGCUUGAGGUUAGAGGCUUUAUAGGAUAUACAUCUUAUUUCAAUUUCUCAUGGGUGAAAAGAAAAAUAGAGGUGUUUCUUGCCUUUUGGUGUAUUCCUCUAUGCUUUGUUUGGAAAGUGGAAAAUCCUCGCAAGUGGUUUGGUGCCUUUUGUUCCCUUGCAUCCUGCUUUGGUCCGAAAAUAGAAAAGGUUUUGCAGUAAAAUUUCUGUUCAUUCCAGAAAUUAGGUUUCCUUGCCAUGGCUUCCAGCAGCGACGAUGAAUGCAUGACCCCUGAGCAUCUACUCGACCAUCCUGAAAUGAAAGGCAUGAUCCCUGAGCAUCCUGGAAUCGAGUCGGAGUUUCUCUCGCAUGUCAGAAGCCAAGAGAUCUGCUCCCAAGAGAGGAGCAGCAGCGACAAAGAGAGCCUCGCCUUGGAGAGCAUCGGCAGCUCCGACAAGGAGGGCAGCGGCGGCAGCAGUCAAGAGGGCGGCAGCAGCAGCCAAGAGGGAAGCGGCGGCAGCAGCCAAGAGGGCGAGGGCAGCGACAGCAAGUUGGAGAAUGUCCGGAAGAAGCGAGAGUUAGAGAAGCUGCCUGAAAUUGCUGAGGAGGCAGUGGAGGAGGAAGAGGAGUAUCGGAAGGCAAAAGUGUGGAAGGAAUGGUGGGAUCGUAGAAAGAAGGAAGCGAAGGAGUUUGACUUGGAGGACUGGAAGGAGAGGAAUGGGGACCUCAGCCAUAAAUCAAGGGAGCAAAUUCGGGGGGAACUUCAGGAGUAUUGCAAGUCAGUGCCCUCUUUUCCAUCUAACCUUGGUGCAAUUGGUGGACUUGACGAUGUUGUCAAGUCUUUCUUCGUCCACGAUGUAGAUCCCAAGUUAUGGGAAAAAUACGUGGCAGAGUGUCGAGAAAGUGAGGGAUUUGAUGUGGUUACAUAUCCAGGUCCUUCUCCGUACCUUCUCGUUAGGCCAAUUACCUCUUAUGUGGAUUACCCUGAACUGCAUCAAGAGCUCAUCGAGUUUGCUACUAGGGCCCUGGAGGAGAAGCAACCAGGAUACCAGUUUUUGCAUAUUGAGCGGGUAACUGGAUAUGCGUGUUCUGGUUACAUGUACAAUAUAACUUUUCGAGCUCAGAGUGCUGAUGAUCCUGAUGGAAAAAGCUUCCAAGCCAAGGUUUACGCUGGAAUAAAUAAGGUGGAGGUUAUUUUCUGCCGUCCAAAAGUUAAAACUUAGUUUUUGACUGGUUUGAACAUGAAUAAAUUUUAACAUGGUUACAUGUUUUAGGUAUUAGACGUGCUAAUUCUUUAAGUUAGCUCUCAGCGUUCUUGACGCUUGACUUGUAUCAUCCGAUAUUGCUUUUUAUGAUUGCUACAAUCUCCAAUAUAAUACAUUGUCAGGAGCUAUGCAGCUUUAUUUUCACUUGAGUAACUUUCAUUCUGUUGGAGCUCUUAAUUAGUAGUGAGGAGUGGAGUGGCAUCCUUCAUGACUCAUUCUUCCAGGAGCAUUGUACUUGGUAAUAAUUAUUGGUUUUGGCAACGUUGGGUCACAGGGUGUAGAUUUUAUAUGAUUGGCUUUGCUUAAUGAAUAAAUUUGAUUUCUGGAUA